AUGAUUCGACUCAGAACAUACGCAAGCUUUAGUUUUGUAGCGACUUUGGCUGUGAUUUAUCAUGCUUUUAGCAGUAGAGGCCAAUUUUAUCCAGCGACGGUUUAUUUAUCGACUUCUAAGAUCAGUUUGGUGUUGCUUCUCAAUAUGUGUUUGGUACUUAUGCUUAGUCUCUGGCAUUUUGUCAAAUUCGUCUUCUUGGGAUCACUUAGGGAAGCUGAAGUUGAAAGGCUAAAUGAACAAGCAUGGAGAGAGCUUAUGGAGAUUCUCUUUGCUAUUACUAUCUUUCGACAAGACUUCUCUAGUGGGUUUCUUCCUCUGGUUGUUACUCUUCUUUUGAUCAAGGCUUUACAUUGGCUUGCUCAGAAAAGAGUUGAAUACAUUGAGACCACUCCUUCUGUGCCUAAGCUGGCUCAUGUUCGUAUUGUCUCUUUCAUGGGUUUCCUUCUUCUUGUGGAUAGUCUCUUUAUGUACAGUUCUGUACGUCACUUGAUUCAGUCGCGGCAGGCUUCGGUUUCUCUCUUUUUCUCAUUCGAGUAUAUGAUACUGGCGACAACUACUGUUGCGAUUUUUGUCAAGUAUGUUUUCUAUGUCACUGAUAUGAUCAUGGAUGGUCAAUGGGAGAAGAAACCAGUUUAUACUUUCUAUUUGGAGCUUAUACGUGACCUGCUUCACUUGUCGAUGUAUAUCUGCUUCUUCUUUGUCAUAUUCAUGAACUAUGGUGUACCUUUGCACUUGUUACGCGAGCUCUACGAAACUUUCAGGAACUUCCAGAUUCGUGUCUCAGAUUACCUUCGUUAUCGUAAAAUCACAUCCAAUAUGAACGAAAGGUUUCCUGAUGCUACUCCCGAAGAGCUUACUGCAAGUGAUGCCACAUGUAUCAUAUGCCGUGAAGAAAUGACAAACGCAAAGAAACUAAUAUGUGGGCAUCUCUUUCAUGUGCAUUGUCUUCGAUCAUGGUUGGAGCGACAACAGACAUGUCCUACAUGCAGAGCACUUGUUGUACCUCCUGAGAAUGCCACAUCUACAGCCGCAGGUCAACGUGGAUUACACCAAGGUUCUCAAAAUGGUACUUCGAACUCAGGUACCCAGGGAUCUGAAACACGUGCUUCUGCUGGCGUUUCCAAUGAUAUUUUGAGCAGGCACCACGCCAGGCUUCAAGCAGCUGCUUCUGCAGCCUCUAUGUACGGGAAAUCAAUGGUUUAUCCAUCUGCAAACACUGUAGCAUGGUCGCCGGGUUUUCCUGGUACAGAGCAAAUGUCUGAACCACAUCGAACUCAUCCUUCAUCUCAGCUUCCUCAACACAAGAUUUCUGGUGAAAACACUCUUGCCUGUCUAAAUAUCGCAGAGGCUAAGCUGGACGAUAUGAACAAAUCUCUUGAGACUUUGCGAAACCGGCUUCAUUUUGUGGAGAAGAAGCAACCAGAAUCCAGCGAGUCCGUAAGCAAAGCAGAUAACAAAGGAAAGACGGUUGCAGAUGAUGCGUCUGUAGAUGCAGCGGAGUGA